GCUACCAAGGGCAAACCUGUUGGCUUUUGACGAACACAAUGGCCACGACUAAUCCGACGAAAAAAAUAAUAUCACGUCCACCACCAGGAACGGUAGUGAAGCCGAUACAUGUUUACUCGGAGGCGCAGCAAGCAGAUAUCGAGGCUCUUAGGGAGUACGCAAACAGUCUACUGCUUCCAAGUACGGACCCAUACUAUGUGUGGGAGUUACGAUGGCUCAACAGAGCUGAUACCAUCCCACGAUAUAUGCGUGCCGCAAAGUGGAAGCUGGAGGACGGCAAGAAGCGUAUCAAGGCUACUCUGGAAUGGCGGAGAGAAUAUAAGCCAGACCUCAUACCCCCAGACGAGGUCAAGGUGGAGGCUGAGACCGGAAAGAUCCUUCUCAACGGAUUCGAUCGGGAUGGGCGACCUAUCAUCUAUAUGCGACCAGCCAAGGAGAACACCGAGACUUCUCCUCGGCAACUACGGCACCUUGUAUGGUGGUUAGAACGCGCUAAGGACCUUAUGCCUCCGGGCCAGGAGUCACUAGUCAUCAUUGUGGACUACCGGGGCACCACAAUGCGCACAAAUCCAUCGAUAUCGGUAGCACGCAAAGUUCUUGUAAUCCUGCAACAGCAUUACGUUGAGACACUGGGCCGAGCCAUUGUCAUGCACCUACCCAUGCUAUUGAACUUUUUCUAUAAGGGGAUCUCGCCGUUCUUGGAUCCUGUCACGAGAGACAAAAUGCGCUUCAACCCCGACAUUUUUGAACUGGUAGCCCCCGAUCAACUCACCGCUGAAUUCGGAGGCGAAUAUGCCUUCGAAUUCGACAAGGACGAGUAUUGGAAUCAGAUCGUCGAGGCAUGCGGCAUAGCGCCGGACGGGACGCGGAUUCAGCGCAAUGAUGCAGGAGCCAGCGAGAAAGAGUUAUCAGAUGUUGAGCCUGAGGAGCUUGACGUUGACACCACUGCGUCACCACCGGCUGUUGAAGUGAUUGCCUAAGUCACGAAGCCAUGCAUUCAGGAUAAUGUUCUAUGCUAGUAUAUAAUG